AUGGCCCGGAGGCAAAGGAAGAGCAGAGGACGGACCGAAGAAGGAGCAGAGGACGGUCCGGAGGCAAAGGAGGAGCAGAGGGCGGCCCGAAGAAGGGGCAGAAGACAGCGCAGAGGAAAAGGAGGAGCAGAGGACGGCCCAGAGGAGAAGGAGCAGAGCACGGCCCGAAGGAAUAGAUGA